UAUUCGCAUUACUUGCGGCGCAGUUUGACAGACAUCGCCGUGCAGUGCCUCGAUAUGAGUUUAUAUUAACAGUAAGUUCGUCUCCCUCUCUCAAUUUGUGAAAUGUAACCAGGGAUGCCCAUGUGUCAUGAUACUAUGUGACUAUUGUGGAGAUGAAAUACUCCCAGAAUCACAACGUGUAACUGUCUAUCACAAGGAUGUGGACGUCCGCUACGUGACACAACAGGACUGUAUACCAGUUGGAGUUGAAUGUGUCACUGUAUGUGGCGAAGGAGACAACAUAAAAUAUCUGAAGAAGGGGAGCUUAUUACCUGAAGGUUCUUAACGUGUAUCUGUUUCUGUCAGAGAUCGGGACGUAAACUAUGCUUUGAAACAGGACUUGAGACCAAAAGGUUUUGAACAGGUUUCUGUCUACGCCAGGAAUGGAGAAGUAAAAUAUGCAAGAAAAGGGGACAUCUCAUCAAACAGGGUUUGAUCAUGUUUCUGUCUAUGCAAAGAAUGAAGAAAUAAAAACAGGAAUCUAAACGACACACAAGAGCUCCCGUUCUGAUUCACCAGCUGAGGCAAUACCAACAAGGACGACUGACAGAAAACCACCUGGCUGCAAUUGCAAUGGAGAUAAUCAGGGAAAACGAGCAGCAACUCACAGAACUGAAAGCAAAGAACGAUAGUCUGGAAAAAGAUUAUGGAAGUACUGUACACAUUGUUGGACUGACAUGUCAACCUAAACUGAUUUCAUGUCCGAAACUUCACCUGGACGCAGCUCGGGCCAACACAGAACACUGCCUCGUAACUACAGACGGUGAGCUGGUCAACUCGUGGCCCGACACAGGGGAUGAGGGGCAGAACAGGCUAAAGAAGUAUAUGGGUACCUGCAGCUCCCCCAUCCCCCUUCCUCCACCCCCCUCCACCCUCACCCUCCCCACCACAUCCACAUACUGGGAGACAAAGAGCAGGGUGCGGGUUGUGAUGGAUGGAGUGUGGCGGCAUGCCCUGGAGAUGGGGGUCGUGGAGGCAGGAUGGGUGGACAGAGGGUACUGGAUUUCUCACCAGCUUCGCUCCUGGGGUGUCCGUGUAGCGAGAUGUGGCAGUCACGGGGAGAGUCUAUGUACCAGGGUGUGUCGGGACAGGAAGCAGGGCGAGUGUCAUCAGAAUACCAUGUCCGACACUAUUGGCACACAGGCCACCCUCCACUAUGGCGUGGUGCUGGAUGUGGGGAGGGGGAGAGUGGCCUUCAUUGACUUGGACAGGGGGAUUGUUCUUGUCAAGUAUGAUGAGGUGUUCCGGGAACCUCUUGUCCCCGUGUUUAGUGUUGGGUAUCUGUUACAUGACUACAAUGUGACGAUGAGUCUGAUCAGCGGGGAGGACGUCGACAUGACAGACGCCAAGAAGGCCCUCGUCUACCAAGCGCUGAUAUAGGAAAUAUACUGGUUAUGUCAAGUUAUCCGUGUAACUGAGAGAUUUCUAUCAACUGUUUCGAUGUCAGGCGGGGAAAGUGAGUGAAGCGGACAUAGAAGUGUUCGGUUUUUUGUACAAAAUAAAACCAAGUUCUUCACAUGUCUGGUUUCUCUACUUUCCUGGUUUCCCCUUUGGGUUGGAAUUUAUUCAGGAAUAUUGUGAUGAUAAAAUUAUUGCUAUAGUUACUGAAAUUAUAUAUGCCACAGCAAAAACUUUCUGAAAUGUGAUGUGACGCAGGAGUGAGUGUACAGACAAAAUGUAAAAAUUGUUUCAAAACACGAUUUCUUCUGCUGAGAUUGAUUUAUUAUGCUAAAACAAUUGUUUUAAAUACCCACACGAAUAUUGUUAUGAGGAAAUCUUUUGUGUAGUUGCUGAAAUUAUGUCACAGUAACAACUUUCUGAAAUGUGAUGUGACACAAGUGAGUACAGAGACAAAAUGUAAAAUUUUCCAGAACACGAUUUCUUCUGCUUAUAUAGAUAUAAUACUAUAAAACAAUUGUUUAAAUCCAUAAAUAAAAAUUGUUAUGAUUGAAUUUUAGCUGUAUUGGCUGAAAUUAUGCUACAGUAACAACUUCUGAUGAAAUGUGAUGUGAGGUAUGUCGCAAAGAAGCGAGUGUACAGACACAAUGUAAAAAUUGUUUCAAAACAAAAGAGUUUCUGCUUAUAUUGAUUUUAUAUGCUAAAAUAAGGUUUUAAAUUCACAUAUAAAACUUGUUGUGAUGAAAUUAUUGCUGUAAUUGCUGAAAUUGGUAACUCGUAACUAUCUGGUCUGACACAGAAAUGAGUGUCCUGACAAAAUAUUAAAAUUGUUUCCAAACAAAAUUUCUUCUGCUUAUGUUGAUUUAAUACAGAAAAUAUUUGUUUAAAGCCACACAUGAAUCUUGUAGUGAUGAAAUUAUUGCUGUAUUUGCUGAAACUAUUCCACAUGGUUAUUCGUUGCUUUUGCUGAAGCUAGUGCACACACAACAUAUAAACAUUCUCUCAGAACAAGAUUUCUUCUGUUUGUGGACGUGUGAUACUGUAAAAUAAAUAUGUUAAAUCCAAACAUGAAUCAGUUAUAUUAAUGACAUGGUUACUGUUGUCAUGGCUGAAACUAGACACGUUUGUAAUUUUCUUGUAUUUGAUAUUCAUGACUCAAUAAUGUCACCAUUUACCAUUAGCAUUUUUCUAUAUUUGUGAAGAUUUACAACUAAAAGAUAUCUGUUUUGAAUACUUACACUAAUAAACUUUUGACUUAACAAUUGCCAUAAGUAAAUAACAGCAUAGAAAAAAACAGCUUCCCUAUUCAUAUAAUGCCAGCAGUGGCCGAUUAAUUGCCAAUGUCGACCCGAUGUAGGUGUGCUAGCUGGGACAGGAUCAUGAUGAUAGACUGUUUAUUAAAAAGAGUUCAUGAUUAUCAUAUUCUACAAUAGAAGGCUCUCGACUCAAAACUUCCUUUUUCUAAGUUAUAAAAUAUUUUAUGACAUGGUAAAAGUUUGCAUGUAACUCAGCAAGACACAUUAUAUUACUUCAGAUUCCAUUUAUUCAUAUUUCUCAUGUUUUCAUUCUGUAAAAUAACUGUUAUAUCACCCAUAGAUUAUUAAAUCAGGGGGCACUGGUGGUCCAGUCCUCUUACAGGCCAUAGCUCACCGUGCAGACUUUUCACGGGUUCUAACUUCAGAUUAGCCCCAUCUUCCUGAGGCAAGGGAGUUAACAGUUUUCACCCUUGCCAACUAGGCAGGAAUUCCACAGUUACAUUUGGCUGGACUGACGAGUCUAUGCAUAGUCUAAUCAAAAUCGUGUAAUGAAAUAGUCAUCAUAGAUUUCAACAUGCAGAUUUCGUUGACUGCAAGAUGUGCAAAGUAUGUGCACUGCCAUCUGGGCAUCGACAAAAGAUUUUGCAAAUCUUUUCAUGUUUUUAAUUUAGGAACUCAAAGGGUGGGAACAGGACUUUAUAGUCGGUUAUCUCCCUUGCCUCGGGAGGAGGGAUUAUCCCUGAUUAUGAUUCUUGGUUCCCGUGUUCGUUGGGAGAACAUCAGUUAUUGAUGUCUGAGGAAUGCAUCACUUUAGGCGUUUCCUCUACAUUAAGCUGAGACGCCAUGAUAGGACCGAAAUACUGCUUAAAGCUGCAUUAAACUAACCUGAUUAACCAGGUUUCACUGUAUGUACAACAGCUUACCACAAUGUAACUUUGUACACAAUAUGUUAAACGUUAGUGCAAACCAAUAUUGUAUCGUUGUACAAAUCCAAUUUGAUUGAGUGUUUAUUUCACCUGGUGACAUUCAUCUAUGUCAGUGUAAUUUGUAUGUUGCAUGUAUUCUGUGUUAAUCAUGACCCAUAUUUGUUGUAUAUGUGGAUGAAAUUGCAGUCUCAUCAUGAUUAAUAGAGUUCUCCACAAAACUGAUUCUCAUUAUAUGUCAAGUGUUUAUUUAAAUAGAAUGACAUAUCUGAUUAUCCCUAUCAAACGUUUAGUGGCUAAGUAUACACAUAUGUAUAUUUUUAUUUGUGCAUAGCUAUGAAUAAGUAAUUAAAUCAUAUGAAUCUCA